CCAUGACAUUGUUUCGUACAUUGUCACUUAAUCGCGCUGAAACCAGCGUACAUAAACCAACCUCUGACUCCCUAUUGAAUUAGCGAACCUUGCCCGCAUAAUGAAGCAGAAAUAAGAGCGUAUCUGCAAUGCACUAUUUAUGAUUGAUGUCGAGAUAAUAUCUUCUUUAUGUGUGUGUCCUCAUCCAGCAAUUGCAUCCAAACAGAUCCUCUCAUGCCAUCAUAAAUCUUCCAAGACAUUUCUUCUUUCCCAGUUCUCUCCCAGUAUAAGAUCUAAUAAUGCCAGCGCGGCAAAUCAAACCAAACCAAACCAAAAAAAAAAAAUCAAGAACCGUUGCGGGUAUCUAAUAUCGAAAAAAGGGGACUCCGUCCCAUGCUGUUCCAUCCGUAUGUUCCUCUUUCAAUUCUUUGUGGUGCCAUUCCUCCACUUCCCUGAAUUCCCCGAAUAGAUGGGUCUCACGCAUCCAACUCCAGAGCACCCUCCAGACCGGGCACAUGCCAGAAGUUCGCGCGAAGGGC